CGUAAAACUGCGUCCGAGCGGAAAACAAUUAUUUUGUGGUAUUAAGCUUAAGAAAACAAUGUAGGGAAAGUGGUCAAACGAAACGAACCUAUCUUUGUAACGAACGUGUUCAAGUGACGCGAAACCCGCUCGAUCCAUCGCUUUGCCAACGCCGAAAGCAGUGCAGACACCCCGCGCGACACAAAAGGAAAAGCAGUGUAAAAUAUGAGCGAACAAUUAGCACGGUUGCAGGGAUGCAGCGUCCUCGCGAUGGACGACAGCGACAAGCUGGUGCCCAAGUACGACCACAAAGUGACCAUCGUGUGCGGGUACGACCCGCAGGGGAUGACGCUGCGGAUAGUGAAGGAAGGCGGUGGUGGCGGCGGGCAACGGCAGCUCGAGGAGUUCCUAGUGAAUGGGUCGGACACGACGCACCUCAACCGGGGCAGCACGGCGCAUCUGCUCAUUAUCGGCGGCGAGCUGGUGCUGAUCCGUUUCGCUUCCAAAGCUGACUGCGGCCAGUUCCGGGCGCUGCUGCAGAAAAUUUCCGGCAAAGUGAACUCAGUAUUCAACCUGCGCACGGAGGACUCGUCCGCGUCACAGUAUUUCCAGUUCUACGGCUAUCUCUCGCAGCAACAGAACAUGAUGCAGGACUUUGUGCGAACCAGUACGUACCAGCGGGCCAUCUACAACAACGCGCCGGACUUUCAGAACAAAGUAGUCCUCGACGUUGGUGCCGGGUCUGGCAUUUUGUCGUUCUUCGCCGUCCAAGCCGGCGCUGCCAAGGUGUACGCCGUAGAGGCCAGUAAUAUGGCUCAAUACGCCCAGCAGCUGGUCAGCUCGAACCAUCUGUCGGACAAGAUCAUCGUGAUUGCGGGUAAGAUCGAAGAGAUUGAGCUGCCGGAGCGGGUGGAUGUGAUCAUCUCCGAGCCGAUGGGCUACAUGCUGUACAACGAACGGAUGCUCGAGACGUACCUGCAUGGCAAAAAGUGGCUCAAGCAACCGGAAGGCAAGAUGUAUCCGUCCCGCGGGGACCUGCACGUUGCCCCGUUCACCGACGAGGCGCUCUACAUGGAGCAAUACAAUAAGGCCAACUUUUGGAUGCAGACGGAGUUUCACGGCGUGAAUCUGGUGGCGCUGCGUGACGCCGCCAUGAAGGAAUACUUCCGCCAGCCGAUCGUCGACACGUUCGAUAUACGCAUCUGCAUGGCAAAGUCGGUGCGGCACACGACAAACUUUCUCACCGCGGAUGAGAAGGACCUGCACCGCAUCCAGAUCGACGUCGAGUUUCACAUCCUCGAGACGGGCACCUGCCACGGGUUGGCGUUUUGGUUUGAUGUCGAGUUCGGUGGCUCCUGCGCCCAGAUUUGGCUCUCGACGGCCCCGACCGAGCCGCUGACGCACUGGUAUCAGGUGCGCUGUCUACUGCAGACGCCCAUCUUCGUCAAACAGGGUCAGGUACUGUCGGGAAAGGUGGUGCUCGCGGCCAACCAGCGCCAGAGUUACGACGUCGAGAUCGACCUGAAGCUCGAGGGCACGAUGAUAAGUUCCUCCAACACGCUCGACCUUAAGAAUCCGUACUUCCGCUACACGGGCGCUCCGGUGCCAGCACCGCCCGGUUCGAACACGACCUCACCGAGCGAAGCGUACUGGAGCCAGCUCGACGCCCAGGGGGCUCGAAAUGCGGUCAACCUCGUCAACGGAAUCACGGUGAAUGGGCUCGGCGAGGUCGACAUGUCGUCGACGAUCAUCAACACGAACCUGAUGGCGAUCGGAGGUGGUGGAGGUAGCGGUAAUCAACCCAACAUUCAUCCCGGUCUGAUUUCCAGCACGGGCCGUCUCCAGUCGUCCUCGAACGUUCAGCAGAACCAACACCAUCACCAGCAGCAGCAGCAUCAGCAGCAUCAUCAGCAGCAACAACAGCAGCAGCACCAACAUCAGCAGCAACAGCAGCAGUCCACCACGGCCCAGCAGCUCGCCAUGACACCUCCGAUCGGGUGCGCGGCCACCUCCACGCAAAACGUGGCCCAGCAUCAGCUGAUCGGUGGCGCCAUCUCUCCGUCUCUCUUUACCUCGCCGGCCCAGUCGAUCCUCAACAGCCACCUGCAAAACCACCAUCACGGUCAGCCGAUCCAUGGCAAUCAGUUCUACUAGGUAGGGCGCGUACCUCAACUGUCCGUUGAGCAUUGGUCAAUCACCCUUCAGCAAUGGCAGCAGCAGCAGCAGCAGCAGUGGCAGUAUCCCGUUUUCUCCGUUCGUUUGCGUUCUUUUCAGUUCUUCAAUUUACUCCGAUUCGAUUUUUGUUUUCUUCCAACUUGUGUUGAACCGUCCAACAGACACCAACGGUUAUGCCACCAGUUUAGGACACUCCACGACAAGCAGGCUACGGUUAGCGAGAAGAAAAGUUUAAGCAGCUUUAAUAUUUUUCCGGAACUACUAAAUAUGUUUCACUAUACGUAGCUAAGCAAACAAUUAAUUGGGGGCCCUAUUAAUAUUGUCCCUUUUUCUUUAAUGAUUGAGAUUAGCACGGUACGCUAGGCUUAAUGGUUUAUCGAUCUACUUAUUUGUGAAAAAACGAUGUAAAUUCUAGUAGGCGUGUUUGUACAAUUGAACAAUCUUUGGUUCACUUUACAUAGUGGAGCCAUGCUGUGUUUUUAAUAUUUUCUGUUUCGUUUCGUUCAUUUCGACGUUCUUGAUUCCGUCACCUAUUCGUACUGUCAACGAUGCUUUAAUUCACGUUUAUGCGCCCUCCUAGCGUCCUGUAGGCUAUUUUACAUUUUGUGUAGUUAUCGUAUGCUUACUCUAAAAAGUUCUAAUAAGCAAGGAUAAGCAAUGAAAACCAAUAACCAGUGGCAUUUAUUCGUAUGUCUUGUAUGUUUCUAUGUUUCUUCUUCUACCUCAUCUUGUUCCAUUUUUUUUCUGGCAUAAGAUGACUUUUAGGCUUUCAUCUACGUGGAUAGCCAGCUCCUCUCGUACACCUAGGGGCUUUAAAUCGACCUUUGGCUUGGUUCAAAGCUACCGGCGUUAAUUUUUUUUGUUCAGUUAGUAGAUAUCAUUCCGGUAUAAGGUUAAUAGCACAUAGAGGACAAGAAAAGUGAAUCAGUUUGUACUGCAAUUGGUUUUUCGGGCCUGACUCCGGACCCAUACAAUUGGCUAUUGAUGAAUGCUCCGCAAAAUGGCACCCCAAGGAAGGAAAAUAUUGGUUUGCGUUUUUCCGUUUUCUUUCUGCUGAUCAGUUUGAGCAGUCAGAUGCAUUUUUACACACACACACACAUACAUACAUUCUAUCGACAUCCGGCACCACGAUAAAGAGGCAUUAGUUUAUUUUUUAAGCAUCAUAUUAUAAUUAUUAUUAUUUUAGCUCGCGAGUUAGGUCACGUUGUAGAGAGGGAGAGAGUGAACGGAAAACAACGAAGAUAGUAGUAAAAGAAAAAAAAAACACCCCGACACGAGACGAACAUCUGCUUACAGUGUGCGACAAAAAAUAAACCAAAUUUUACAUUUCGAGCAAAAAAUAGAGAUUACUAUAAUUUAAACCUCACAC